GCCCGCCCCGAGAAGAUGCGCCCCCGCUGCCCCCCGCAGCCCAGCGAGACGCGGAGCCGCCGCGCCCGGGGCCCUCCCCCGCUAACGCCCCGCGCCCCGCGCCGCGCCCCCCGGCCCCGCGCGCCCGCCCUGGCAGCGACAAUGAGUGAACAGAGUAUCUGCCAAGCCCGGGCUUCCGUGAUGGUCUACGAUGACACCAGUAAGAAAUGGGUACCAAUCAAAGCCGGCCAGCAGGGAUUCAGCCGGAUCAACAUCUACCACAACACUGCCAGCAACACCUUCAGAGUCGUUGGGGUCAAGCUUCAGGAUCAGCAGGUUGUGAUCAAUUAUUCAAUCGUGAAAGGGCUGAAGUACAAUCAGGCAACGCCGACCUUCCACCAGUGGCGAGAUGCCCGCCAGGUAUACGGCUUAAACUUCGCGAGUAAGGAAGAGGCGACCACGUUCUCCAAUGCCAUGCUGUUUGCCCUGAACAUCAUGAAUUCCCAGGAAGGAGGCCCCUCCACCCAGCGUCAGGUGCAGAAUGGCCCUCCUGACGAGAUGGACAUCCAGAGAAGACAAGUGAUGGAGCAGACCCAGCACCAGCAACAGCGUCAGGAGUCUCUAGAGAGAAGAACCUCAGCCACAGGACCCAUCCUCCCACCGGGGCACCCCUCAUCUGCAGCCAGCGCCCCCCUCUCCUGUAGUGGGCCCCCACCCCCGCCUCCGCCCCCUGUCCCGCCUCCACCCGCAGGGGCCACUCCGCCUCCCCCACCCCCACUGCCAGCCGGAGGAGCGCAGGGCGCCAGCCACGACGAGAGCUCCGUGUGACUGGCCGCUGCCUUGGCUGGGGCCAAGCUGAGGAGAGUCCAGCGGUAGCCCAGAGAUGCGUCCGGAGGCUCCAGCCCCAGCGGGACCUCUAAGUCUGACGCCAACCGAGCGAGCAGUGGGGGUGGAGGAGGAUGCCUCAUGGAAGAAAUGAACAAGCUGCUGGCCAAGAGGAGAAAAGCAGCCUCCCAGACAGACAAGCCGGCUGAUAAAAAGGAAGAUGAGAGCCAAACGGAAGAGCUGAGCACCUCUCCAUCUCCGGGCACCCGAGCAGCCAGCCAGCCGCCCAACUCCUCAGAGGCUGGCCGGAAGCCCUGGGAGCGGAGCAACUCGGUGGAGAAACCCGUGUCCUCAUUACUGUCCAGAACCCCGUCUGUGGCAAAGAGCCCCGAAGCUAAGAGCCCCCUUCAGGCGCAGCCUCACUCUAGGAUGAAGCCGGUGGGGGGCGUGAAUGACGUGGCCCUGGAUGCCUUAGAUUUGGAUCGGAUGAAACAGGAGAUCCUCGAGGAGGUGGUGCGAGAGCUCCACAAAGUGAAGGAGGAGAUCAUCGACGCCAUCAGGCAGGAGCUGAGUGGGAUCAGCACCUCAUAGUGCCCUCGGCCCCCGCUGCCACCGCCGCCGACAGAGACCCCAGGCCACCCGCCGGCGGGGACACAGCGAGGAGCCCAGCCGCCGGCCCCAGGCCUCCAGCGCCUGCGAGCGCUCACCGACGCUGGGAGGUGCUCCAGUUACGAGUGUUAACGCGUGAUAGAGUAUCAAAAUGAGGAAACAAGUUCCAAUUUCUGGAUUUUUUUAGAUUCUACCUGACACGGCACCGGUCUACUCGCCUUUUUUGUAUUUUAUAUUUGCCUAUUUAAGUGUACAUUUCUUUGGUUUAUAGAGGACUCCCCAGAUCACACGCUUCAUUAGAUGGUUUCCGAGUUUUCUCCUAGGUGAUGCGGUCAGCGGCGAGCGGUCCCCAGCGUCGUGGUGGUUGAAGUCUGUCCACGCACCGCGGUGUCUGUGUCCACGUGCUAAUAAACGCUUACUGUCCACA